AACGUCAACUGUAAACGUCAAACUUUAAAAACAAAAAUAGAUGAGUAAAACUAGUGAAAUACAUAUGACAUUUUAGAAAAAAUCAAUAAAGUAUAAAAUAGCAGUGGUGUUUUAUGUUAUCUGUAAUGAAGGAAAAAUGAGUUGGUUUGAUGCUGCAGGUUUAGCCAAUAUCGCAAAGUCGGCUUUAAAAGGAGCACAGAGAACUAUCGAUAAAGCUUUGGAUAUUAAAGAAGAAUCCAACCUUGUACCAUCAAACACUCCUGUUGAUACUAAUUCCGAAGAUUUUUUUGGAAACUGGGGCAUAACACAUUCUGGGCACUUUAAAGAUGCUAAAAAAGAUAGUUCUGACAAUAUUUUUAAAGACAACAAUAUGAAAUCUAGUAUUUGGGGAUCUUUUACAGGUUCUUUUUUUGAUACCACUGAAGACAAUGUAAAAUCAACUUUUGAUAACUUAGAAGAUAUGGUUGAUUCAGGUACAGAACAUUUUAAUGAAAGUAAGCUUGUUGUUCAACAUGGUGAUGAUGCUGAAUUAUCUACAGGUUCAAAAAUGCAGACGAAAAUUGAUACAAGUAAUAUAGAGAAAAAGGAAACAACAGGAAUAAAUACAGUUCCUGAAGCUGCAGACGGUAUUUGUAAUGCAACAGUUAGUAAGUCUGAAAUCAUAAGUAACAGUUACAUUAAUAGACUUUCUGUAAUAAGUAGUGAAAGUGGAAAAAAUAGUUCAGAAAGUGUAGAUAUUAUUACAUGCAGCACAGAGUGCACCACAAGUCCAGAAUCUGAUGUAUUAUCGUUAUCACUUGGCCAGUCAAUUUCAACAUCAAGCUCAGCUUUAGCCAAAUACAAAUUGUUGAUUGUGGAUUGGUGCUUAUGGAAAGAGAAGAAAUGGAUAAUCUUUAUGAAUUUAAUUGCAAUACUGGACUAUGCUUUUACACUUGACCCAACGUUGUCACUUCACGCCAUGCAACAAAAAUGUACGAAGCUAACCUCGGAUUCACUAGAAAUAUUAGGUGAUAGUAUUGCAAGCCCAAGUUCUGUAGAAGUUAUUGGAACUGAUAGUACUAAUAGUAGGAGGCAGUCCCAACAUACUGAUGAAUUUGUUUCUCCGCUCGAUUCACCUUGGUCAGAUAACAAAUCAAGUUCCAUUGAGAAAAUUUCACCUGAAAGUGUUGAAGUCAUUCCUGAAGAUCAAGAUGAAAAUAGUAUAGCGGAAGACACAAUGUCAUAUACCUCGAUAUCUGAAAGUACAUCUGCAACAGUAUUAGACUCUGCAUUUAACUUACAUUUAAAACCCCAAAAAAUGCUUAAAGAUACAUUCAAUAGACCAGAUACAAUGAUUGAAGGUGGCUCUGCAGAUUUAACAUUAAGUCCAGAAAAAAAUUACAGUUUUCCGGAUGCUAUAACCAGAGCACCAAGUCGUACCAAUAUGCAUUUACCUUUAGCACAAGUAAACCAACUAUUAAUUGACACCCAACCUCAUAGUAAUAAAGAUGAUAUAACAAAUAUUCUGCAAAAAACAAACAUAAUUGAUAUUCCACAAGAUGAUAAUAUUGUCAGUUCUGGUUCAGAAACACAGUUAGAUGUGUCUACUGAUGAAGGGUCGCAAUCAGAUAAAACAGUUAUCGCUAAUGAUAAUAUAAUGGAAAGCAGUAGCGAUACCAGUACUACUACCGAAACCAGCAGCCAUUCUGCUUUUUUAAAAAAUAUGCUAGCUGAUGCAAUGGCGGAAAAAAAUGAGGAGUUAGAAAAUUCUUAUAACACUGUCGAUUUAUCUGGUAGCGUAGGUAUAAUAGAAAGUAUAUCAAUCUCCCAGUUAGAUAUGCCUCCAAGAGAAAAUUCUCCUAUUAGUUCAGAAAGUCGAUCUGACCUUGUAAAGAUUGGCUCUGACUAUACUUCAGGUCAUACUUCGGGUGAUGAAUUAGAAACCACAACGUCAUCUGAUAUAGAAAUAAUAUCAAGUCCAAAUGGAGAUUCAAGUAGUACACAAAGUAGACAAAGUCCGGCUAAACAAACAUGCAUUAAAACUAGAUCAGAGGAAUCAACCAUUGAUACAUUACUUUGCAAAAUGACAAUGAAAAAAGCUAAGGGUCACACCAGGGAACUAUCAGAAGCUUCCAGUAUUAGCGAUGAUUCACAUUCAUCAGAAAUAGAUAGGUUAUUGAAAAGGAUAUCAGAAAUGACUGAUAUUUUGGAAUCGAGGGAAUCUAAACUUAUUGACAUAAACAGAAGAAAUGCAGAACUUCAGGAAUUAAAUAAUGAUUUAAAAGUUCAGUUAAAUUCUGUAAUUACCAAACAAUUAGAAUCAGCUGAUUUAUCUCAAGUUACAGAAGAGUAUACUCAAAGAUUAUCGGCCUUGGAAAAAAAAUUCCAGCAAGCUAUUAGAGAAAAAGAUUCGCUGAGAAAACAGUUGGAACAAGCAAAACAAGAAGCAGCUACAAGAAUGAGUAAGGGGGAACUAGAGACUUUGCUUUUCGAAAAAGAUGAAGUAAUUAAGGAACUAAGAGAAGAAGGGGAAAAAUUAUCUAAACAACAAUUACAGCAUUCUAAUAUAAUUAAAAAGUUACGAUCUAAAGAAAAGGAAAAUGAGAAUACCAUAAAGCAUUUAAAAGAAAACAUUGAGGGACUCUCAACUGAAUCAGAACGUUUAAAAAAGUCUCUCGCUGCAAAAGAUGAGGUAGAAAGGUCUCAAAUUGAAGCUGUCCAUCAGCUUUCUAAUAAAAACAAAAAACUAGAAACCGAAGUUGCAACAUUGAGGAGUCAACUAGAUGAUUUAUCACAAAAAUAUGAAACUACAAGAAAUUCUCUAGAUGCUGCAAAAAAAGAAUUGACAGAUAAAAACAAAACAAGUUCAGAGUUAUUAGCUAGGGAACAAAUGCUGGAAGUCUUGGAAAAUCAAAAGCGAAUGACAGAGUCUCAAAAUGAAGAGAUUUGUAAUCAAUUAGAAGAUUUGAGGUAUAAGUUGCAACAAUCAGCAGAAGAGUAUGUAAAAAAAGAACAGAAACUGCGUCAAGAAAAUAAUGAAUUGUUGACGAGAUUAGAAGAAAUUGAAACUAGAAAUGAGGAGCUGUCGCAGUCUAUUCUGGAAAUGAGUAAACCACUUAUUAGACAACUUGAAUCCCUACAGGCCACACACAGUAUGAAAAUUGCUGCUUUUGAGAAAUUGGAAGAAGAGCUCACUUUGAAAAUAAGAGAACUUACCAUGAAGCUUCAAACCUCAAAUAGUGCCGAAAGAAUGGCUAAAGAGGAAUGCACCACUAUGAAGUCGCAAUUGGCAGAAGUUGAGGCUCAACUGGGUAGUUCUAAUCAUAAAUUUCAUUUGUUGCAAAUGCAAUUAGAGCAGCAAAAAACUGAGAGGCAGCUAAGCGAACGGGAAUUAACAGGGAGAAUCAAUAAAUUGAAUGAGAUUAAUAACCAAAACAAAGAAUUGAUAAGCAAACAAGAAGAACAAAUAACUACAUUACAACAAGAAUUAUUAUUAGUGAAGUCAUCUAAUAUUGAAGCAAGACAUCAGCCUCAAAUUGGGAUAAUACAGAACCAAGAAAAAAGUGAAGGACACAACUCUAAUGUAGAUCUGACAGCUGCGAGAUCGAACAGUAAUUCACCAACCUUAAGCUUAGGGAAAAUAUCAAAUUCCGAAUCGAUGGGAAGUUCCUUUUGGUCACAGGACGAACCAUUUGAUUUAGGACAAGUCCCUAGGUAUACGAAUAUGUAUGAAAUGCAGAUGCUUCAAACCAAUCUUAAGCAACGAGAAGGUGAGGUGCAACAACUACAGUGGGAAUUGAAUAGAAGGGAGCAGGAACGAUCGUUGUUAAAUUCUGAAAUAUCGUCACUAUUAACAAGAGUAGAAGAUCUUGAAAGUAAAUCAAGUGAUUAUGAUAUUUUACAAACACAGUUUAAUGAGCUUCAACAACAAUAUGAAACUUUAUGUCAGCUUUAUGGAGAGAAGGUGGAAGAAAAUGAGGAAUUAAAAUUAGAUUUGACGGAUGUGAAGGACAUGUACAAAAGUCAAAUUGACGAAUUACUUAAGCAGCAAAAACAAAAUGCAGAAUAAUAUUUUAGGGUUAUGGCCCCAAUUUUAAAUUCAAGCCUUUGUUAACUGAAAAGAGGUGAAGGAUUCGUACAUAUUUUUUAUGAGUUAAGGAAAUUGUAUUUCAUAUUUAUUUUGUUCGUAGUGGAUCCGGUUUGGUUUGAAAUUCUUAUUAAAAAAAAAUACUAGAUAGGAGUUAUAUCUUUUAGUGUAUAUUUGGUUUCCCAAAAUGUUAAUGAUAUUUAUCUGUGAUAAUAUUAAAUAUAUUUAUUAGUCAUUAAAAUAUAUACAAUGCAUCCAUGGUCGUAAACAUUUUCAUAGGUUCGAGAAAUUUUAGAAAAGAACAACAUUUUUUGUUUUAUAUGUAUAUAAUUGCCAUUGAGCUGAUUUUAGAGCAGGCAACGUAUUUUGUAAUCAGGUGCAACUUAAAAAAUAAACUGAAAUAAAUUAGAUUUAUGGCAACUUUUAUAUCACACCAUAGUUUAUUAUUUUGUUCUUUCAUUUUGUGCUAAAGAAUAAACACUUGAAAAUUUUGGAAAAUAGAAAUAAACUAUAAAUGCCAAAACUAUUAGAUGACUGUACCGAAUAAUUUUU